AUGGCACUCUCUGACGUUACAAUGAACUCCACAAGCGAUGACUAUGCUCAUGAAUUUUCAAUGAAUUCCACAGAUAACUACGACUACUACACCCCUGUCGAGAACGAUUCUGUAUUGAUGCCCAUGUCCAGUAUCUACAUUCCUGUGCUGUACUUCGUCAUGUUCCUCACUGGCUUCUUGGGGAACCUGUUCGUCAUUGUGGUCAUCGGCAAGCGGCGUAAGAAAAACGGACGUCUUGUGGACACCUUCGUGAUAAACCUGGCAUCAGCUGACCUUGUGUUUGUCUUCACAUUGCCACUGUGGGCGAUUGCAGCCAGUUUUGGUGAGUGGCCCUUCGGUGAGGCCAUGUGCAAGAUCAGCAGCUUCAUCAUUGCGGUCAACCGCUUUUCCAACAUCAUCUUCCUCACGUGCAUGAGUAUAGACCGAUACCUAGCUGUCGUGCGCCUCAUGGACUCUCAGUUUCUGCGAAGCAGCAACUGUGCGCAGAUCACCUGUGGCGUCGUGUGGAUCAUUUCCUUCUUCCUGGGAAUCCCAUCACUGGUGUACCGUCGGCUGACAGGCGAUAUGUUGUGUUCGGAGGAUUCGAAAUCCUCUUUUGUCCAAGGAAUGAAUCUCCUGACCAUAUUUCUAACCUUCCUGCUCCCCGUACUGAUUCUCUGCCUCUGUUAUGGGUCGAUUUUGGUUAACCUGCGGCGUCACUGUCACACCACUGCAAACUCACGUGCAGAAGCCAGACGUCGACAUUCGCUCAAGAUCGUGUUUGCCAUAAUUGCGGCUUUUCUGAUCUCUUGGCUACCUUUCAAUUUGUUCAAGACCAUGCAGGUCAUCUUACUGAUGAGCACGGGAGAUCUUAGUGGGGAAACAAAGGUGGUUAUAGUUAAUGGACUCACGCUGUCCUGCUGCCUGGCAUUUCUCAACAGUUGUGUAAAUCCAGCCAUCUACUUCUUUUUGGAUCAGCAUUUCAGGCGCAGAGCUUCGAUCCUGUGUCUGAGCUGCCUGGGUCAAGGAGACGUGCACCAGAGCUACAUCUCCUCUAAUUCUCUCUCUAAUGGCACAUCUGACACUUGUUCUGGAAAUACAUCAACCCGCGGGCGGCUUUUCUCUCUUUCUCUUCAGGAGUGA